AUGGACCUGAAGCAAGCCAUCCUGCAGUAUGUCAGCUGCUCCCCGGAAAAACAUUGUCAGCACUUCUGGACACUGACAUUGGAGGAGGUCAGCUGGCCAUUUGCAUUCGACCAACAAUUCUGGGACACCUGCUGGUGGUGGCUGAGGGUGGACGACCGUGAUGUAGAGGGGAUCAUCAAUCUGGUGACAUUGGAGCAGUUUAUCGCAUGUCUUCUCUUGGCAAAGGGAGAAAAUUGCCAUAUUCUGGAAAACCCAGCAUAUCCUCUACUGUCUAAAGAUGGAGAUAUAAUAAUUGGAGCUGUCUUUUCAAUGCAUGAUGGUAUACAAAGGCAGUUACUGCCAUAUACUGAAAAACAACCUUUAAUCUACAUUAGAUUUAACCUCAGAGAAUUCCGCCCUGCUCAGAUGAUUAUUUUUGCAACUGAUGAAAUCAACAGAAGCAACAGCUUGCUCCCAAAUGUCUCAGUUGGUUACAGGAUUUAUGACAAUUGUGAUUCAAGAUUGUUAUCUAUGAAGGCAGCCAUGGCUUUGAUGAAUGGUAUGGAUAUAACAGCAAAUGAUGCCUGCUGUGGACAAGCCAUCAUAGGGGAGUCAGAAUCUACCCCUACACUCACAAGAUCUGCAGGGCCUUUUAAGAUACUAGUGAUAAGUCACUCUGCCACAUGUGACUUUUUGAGCAACAGGAAAGAUUACUUCUCUUUUUUCAGGACUACUAUGAGUGACUGCCACCAAUGGAAAGCAUUGGCAUAUUUGAUCAAGCACUUUGGCUGGUCUUGGGUGGGAACUGUGAACAGUGAUAAUAACGAUGCCAAUAAUGGAAUAGACAUUUUUCUUGAAGCAGCCAAAGAGGAAGGGAUAUGUGUUGAGUACUCUGAGAAGUUUGAGCAGUCAGAUACUGCCAAAAUCAGGAAAGUGGUCAGUAUUAUUAAAAAAGGCACAGCCAAAGUAAUUAUCUUAGUUCUUACCCAAAUUGACAUGAACAUUCUCAUAGACCAUAUUAUUCUAAAGGAUGUCAGUAGCUACCUGUACCAGUUUAUUGGUGGUGAAGGAUGGAUUACUGAAGUCAACCUAAUAACACCAGCAAGUUACAACAUAUUCAGUGGAGCCAUUGGUUUUGAUGUGGGAAAACUGAAUAGUGAUAGUUUUGCUGACUAUGUUGUCAAUGGAUUUUGGCAAACAGUGUAUCCUUGCCUGCAUACAGAGGAACAUGUUUCUCAAACUGAAAACAACUGCAGGAAAUAUGAAGAUAUGAUUCCAUUUGAAAACUACAAUGAAGACAUAUCAGAAUUGAGAUAUGCAAAAACGAUCUACAGUGCAGCUUAUGCUGUGGCACAUUCUCUGCAAAGCCUGUUGAGAUGCACAGAAAAUCAGACUUGUGAGAAAGACAAGACAAUACAACCAUGGCAGGAUGUUGAGCCUCUAAAAAACGUCAAUUUUAAAACAAAAUUGCGAGAACAGGUGUGGUUUGACAGCACUGGGGCAACAGUGGCAAAAUAUGAUGUGGUAAACUGGCAACCAGGGUUCAAUGGAGAAGUGCAGUUUAAAGUUGUGGGCUUUCAUGAUGCCUCUCUGCCAAUAGGACAACAAUUUGUCCUAAAUGAUGAAGAUAUUGUGUGGGAGAUGAGAGAGAAGCCAAGGUCUGUGUGCAGUGAAAGCUGUCCUCCAGGCACCAGAAAAGCUGUACAGAAUGGAAGGCCUGUCUGCUGCUACGACUGUGUAGAGGGAGAGAUUAGCAACCAGACAGAUUCAAAUAACUGUGAGCAGUGUCCAGGAGAAUAUUGGUCUAAUGCUGACAGAGAUAAAUGUAUGUUAAAGGUCAUAGAGUUUCUUUCAUUUACAGAGGUUAUGGGGACAAUACUGGUACUUUUUUCUUUGUUUGGCGUGACAUUAACUGUGCAAGUAGCUAUUUUAUUUCUAAUAGAAAAGAACACUCCCACUGGCAAGGCCAACAAUUCUGAGCUGAACUUCCUGCUGCUGUUCUUCCUGACUCUGUGUUUCCUCUGUUCACUUACAUUCAUUGGACAGCCCUCUGAGUGGUCCUGUACACUGUGUCAUCCAGCGUUUGGGAUCAUGUUUGUCCUCUGUAUCUUCUGUCUACUGGGUAAAACAAUAGUGGUGUUAAUGGCCUUAUGGGAUACACUUCCCAGCAGUAAUGUCAUAAAAUGUUUUGGGCUUCUACAGCAGAGACUCAUUGUUUUUGCUUUCGCUUUCAUACAAGUCCUUAUUUAUGUGUUUUGUUUAACAGUUUCUUCUCCUUUCCCCUACAAGAACAUGAACUACGACAAGGAAAAAAUCAUAUUAGAAUGUAACUUGGGCUCAGUUGUAGGUUUUUGGGGUGUGCUGGGUUAUAUAGGAGUUCUUGCUUUAUUGUGCCUUGUUUUGUCUUUUCUAGCUAGAAAGCUGCCAGAUAAUAUUAAAGAAGCUAAAUUCAUCACAUUCAGCAUACUCAUAUUAUGUUCUGUGUGGAUAACCUUUAUUCCAGCUUAUGUCAGCUCCCCUGGAAAAUGUACUGUAGCUGUGGAAAUAUUUGUUAUUUUGGCCUCCAGCUUGGCUUUACUAUUCUGUAUAUUUACACCUAAAUGUUAUAUUAUUCUGCUUAAACUUGAACUAAACACAAAGAAAAAUAUGAUGGCUAAAAUGGCAUCUAAAUCACUUUAA